CAUUCAAUCUCCUCUCUUCCUACCGGCAAUCUUAAGUGCGUUCGCAUCCCCGUCUCUCUCUCUCUCUCUCUCCUCGCCCUGCCGUCCGAGCCCAAGUCCGCAGAACAGCAAUCCUCUGCAUUCCUCGCACCUCGCCUCUUCUCUGACGUGCUUCAACCAACCCCCCACCCACUAACAUCCAGCCUAGUCUCGCCUCCAUCUUCUGUUUACCUCACAACAGCCGGAGCCAUCACGCACAAUGGCUGCGGAGACACCCACAUUCAAGCUCGUCCUCGUCGGCGAUGGCGGUACUGGAAAGACCACCUUCGUGAAGCGCCAUCUAACCGGCGAGUUCGAAAAGAAGUACAUGGCCACUCUUGGAGUCGAGGUCCACCCUCUCGGCUUCACCACCAACUAUGGCGCCAUCACCUUCGACGUAUGGGACACGGCUGGCCAGGAAAAAUUUGGCGGCCUCCGAGACGGUUACUACAUCAACGGCCAAUGUGGCAUCAUCAUGUUCGACGUGACUUCGCGCAUCACCUACAAGAACGUUCCAAACUGGCAUCGUGAUCUGGUCCGCGUGUGCGAGAAUAUCCCUAUCGUUCUGUGCGGCAACAAGGUCGAUGUGAAGGAGCGCAAGGUUAAGGCCAAGACUAUCACGUUCCACCGAAAGAAGAACCUCCAAUAUUAUGAUAUCUCGGCCAAGUCCAACUACAACUUCGAGAAACCUUUCCUCUGGCUUGCCCGGAAGCUCGUUGGCAACCCCAACCUGGAAUUCGUUGCUGCGCCUGCUCUGGCCCCCCCUACUGCCCAGGUUGACGAGAAGCUCCUUGAGCAGUACAAGAAGGAGAUGGACGAGGCUGCUUCUAUGCCGCUGCCUGGCGAGGACGACGACGACGACUUGUGAACGUGCUAUGAGCACGAUGUGUUUGACGAAUAGGAUGGACCGUAAUACUUCGAUAUGAGGCAAGACGGAUGGACUUUUCGCAAGAGCCGGUGCGACGAAAGCAUACUGCGCAAGCUCUGGGUCGGGGUUGCGACGGUGGUUGACCUCCCAUGCGUAGCUGUUUUUGCAGCUUCUAGAUAGCACUUCACCCAAUAGACACACCUACGGGGACGGAAAUGCGGCCUAUCUUUCUCGCCUGCUUGCCUAUUUCCCCGUCUACCCACCUGGCCUUCUAACGCUUGUCUCGCCCGUGCGGACGUACCCUGCCUGAGAAGCCUCAGAUGUGCGAUAAGAAGAAAAAUGCUCGGAACCUACGCUCUCUUAUUUAUUUUAUAACUUCUAUCGUUUCUUUCUAAAAAAUUAUGGUCACCACACUGUUGGAGAGGCAACUAGUGAUUGCUUAUAACCCGAGAUCGCCAUGUGGUAUUCUUUUGUUUACCUAAUGUUACGGCUAAGGUGACGAGAGACGGAAUGGUAAGCGUCCGGAGAUUGUAUUGUGUCCCACUAACCCUACUUAGGUACUACGUGUGUGUAAGUCACACUUCCUAGCCGACUUAAUCCUCCCGAAGAAUAAUCAUAAGCUCUUAUAA